AUGGAGUUUACCAGGCAUUACCUGCCACUGGAAUGGGAAGAGCGAUGGAGGAGAGAGAAGGAGAGGAGGAAAAGAGUGAUUGAAGAAAGUGGUGAAGAAGGGAUAGAACAGGACAAACGCGAACUGAGGAGGAUCGUUGCUUACAAUGACUCCAGGAUGGGGCUGACGAGUGGGAGGAGUAAAAAGGAGGGGUCACAGGUCAGGAUGAGUGGUAGCGGUCAGGAAAGAAUUGGGGAGCAUAUAAAAGAGGAGGCAACUGGGGGUGAGGGACUUUGUAAUAAUAUCCACACAUACCACAGCGAAACCUAUCCCAAAGAGGUAUUUGUGGCCCUGAAGGAAUUCCGGGAUUCAUCAGUUCUCACAGACCUGACCCUGGCCACCGAUAAUGGGAACACCUUUGACGUACACUCCCCUAUCCUUGCAGCUGUCAGCUCCUUCAUUCGAGAGAGGCUGAGGGAUGGAAAUGGACAACAAUCAGACGAUAAUGAGGAAGCAGGAGUCCAUAGGCAGUUAGUGCCUCUGGGUCCUGAGGUUGAUCAUGUAGGGCUACAGGCAGUUGUGGAGUUUGCCUACACUGGAGUUGUAUUGUCUUUUAACAAAAGCAGCAUGGCCUCGAUUAUGGUUGCAGCUCAAGCACUGGGAGUACCCAGAGUGCUGGAUCUCUGCAACAAAGAGGAGAGCAUGGAGGAAGGUGGAAGUCCUAAGAAGGAAGAGCAAAAGAUUUCUGCUCUAGAACAGAUGAAGAUUACUCUUCAGUCCAUUAAACAGUUGUGGGCAGACGGAGUGGGGUGUGAUGUGGUUUUGGAUACAGAUGGAGCUUUAUUCCAUGUCCACAGAGUUAUUCUGGCGGCAAGCAGUGACUACUUCCGUGGUAUGUUCACCUCGGGGAUGAGGGAAUCCCGACAGACCUGUGUUGCCCUUCCUUUCCUGGUAGCUUCUGAAUUAGAGGUUCUGAUUGACUGCUCCUACAGUGGGACCCUUUGGCUUAGCUGGGACUGUGUCUUCGAGAUCACCUGCAUGGCCCUCCAGCUUCAGUUCCAGCCUGCCCUCUCACUUUGCCUUGACUUCAUGCAACAGGAAAUGGAGGCAAGCUCCUGCCUGGAUGUGAUAUCAUUUGCGGAAGCCUACGAGAUGUCAGAGUUGCUUGAGGAAGCCAAUGACUUUGUACUGAGAAACUUCUGGGAUGUUUCAGCCACGUCGAAGUUUCAGGACCUGCCAGCAGAGAAGCUUCUAGACAUUCUCCGCAAUGAUGGUCUGUGUGUGCCCUCAGAGUUGACUGUAUUUCGAGCUGUAAUCUCCUGGAUUGAGGCUGAUCCUGAGGAGAGAUUGGACCAGGCAGGCAUACUGAUGACCGGAGUCCGGUUCCCUCUCAUGACCUUUCGAGAGUUCAGGGAGGUAAGGGCCAUUAACCUGCGCAUGGAGUGCUUUGGAAACAGAGAGGUGGAACUCUACGGUUCAGCACUCAAGGAAUUUGGUUUCAGCCUUCCAAAAACCGAGGAUGUGUGCCGUAUUCGGCGUCCCAAAGAUGCUCUGGUUGUGGUUGGGGGAGACCAUUUGAGCCCAGAUGACGGUCAGCGUUCACCAAGCAAGGAACUAUGGUUUGCAAACUCUCUACGCAGUGGUACAGGUUUGGUGAAGGAGAUAGAGUGGAGGAAGCUGGGUGAGAUACCAGACAAUCCAAAGUUCAGGCACGGCGUAGUAUCAAUGCUGGGAAGGUUGUAUGUUGUUGGAGGAUGUUACUUCUACACCAAGGAUGACGUGAUGAAGUCUGCCUACAGUUAUGAUCCCUUGAAGAACAGCUGGAAGAGACUUGCUGACAUGCAAGAGUUUAGAAGCAACUUCUCAGUGGUGGUACACCAGGAGCGUCUUUAUGCCAUUGGUGGAGAUAAAGAGAUCAACACCAACGUAGACAGUGUGGAGAUGUACAACCCAGACACUGACUCCUGGAGCUUUGUCCAGCCCCUGGACCAGGCUCUGAGCGGCUAUGCUGUAACUGUCAUAGACGGAGGAUUCUUCAUCUCUGGAGGAUUCAAUUGUAAGUAUGUGUGUCUGGUUUCCAUGUUCCUAUACCACCCAGAGAGAGGAACCACCUACCUGGCAGACAUGACCCAUGACCGGGCCCAGCACUGCAUGGAGCCCCUGCGAGGCCAUCUGUACGUCGCUGGAGGUGUGUGUAACCUGAGGAAGUUUUACACUGACCAAUUAGCCUGUGAGGUGUAUGAUCCUGUGGCAGAUUCCUGGACUGCUUUCACCUCGCUGCCUGUCCCCCAUGUGGGUGCAGCCUCAGCCGUCCUGGAGGGGAAGGUCUAUAUACUGGGAGGAUACUGCCAGGAAGAUUACAGUGAGUCUGGACUGGUCCAUCGGUUGGAUCCUAGCACACAGCGAUGGGAGAACAUGGGUAAAGUGCCUGGGCCUGUUACAGACAUUCGGGCCUCUUUGCUCCGACUGCCCCAACACUUAAGGCUGUAGUAACAGUCUGGUCAAGAUGAUUAUCUUUAGAAACUGACAGAUAUUUUUGAUGUGAUGUGCUCCCAAAAUUCAAUGUAUUAUCAGUGUGUGGUUCAGCUAAAAAACCUGUUGUAUUGUCAGAG